CGCACGGCAGCUAAAUAUCGCCUCGGUGCAUUGUGGUUGCAGUCCCCGCACUUGUGCUGGGGAUCGCCGCUAUCGUGAGCCUGCAGUGGUGAAGGCCCAGAGUUUCUCCAGACAUGUCUGUGAGGGAGUCUUUUAACCCAGAGAGCUAUGAGCUGGACAAGAACUUCAGGCUCACGCGCUACGCAGAGCUCAAGGGCACGGGCUGCAAGGUGCCACAAGACGUGCUACAGAAACUGCUAGAAAGUUUACAGGAAAACCACUACCAAGAGGAUGAGCAGUUCCUUGGGGCAGUUAUGCCUCGACUAGGCAUAGGCAUGGACACAUGUGUCAUCCCUCUCAGACAUGGAGGCCUUUCACUAGUUCAAACAACAGACUACAUCUACCCCAUCGUGGAUGACCCCUACAUGAUGGGACGAAUUGCAUGUGCCAAUGUUUUAAGUGACUUGUAUGCCAUGGGAGUAACAGAAUGUGACAACAUGCUAAUGCUCCUGGGGGUCAGCAACAAAAUGUCAGAGAAGGAACGUGAUAAAGUCAUACCACUAAUCAUCCAAGGCUUCAAAGAUGCCUCAGAAGAGGCAGGCACAUCUGUAACAGGAGGUCAGACGGUACUCAACCCCUGGGUGGUGAUGGGGGGUGUGGCCACAACUGUCUGUCAGCCCAAUGAGUUUAUUAUGCCCGACAAUGCAGUUCCUGGAGAUGUGCUAGUAUUGACUAAGCCUUUAGGGACACAAGUAGCUGUUGCAGUGCACCAGUGGCUAGAUAUUCCUGAGAAAUGGAACAAAAUCAAGCUUGUUGUAACUCAAGAAGACGUAGAACUGGCCUAUCAUGAGGCCAUGAUGAACAUGGCCAGACUCAACAGAACAGCGGCUGGUCUCAUGCACACGUUCAACGCACAUGCUGCCACGGACAUCACAGGAUUUGGGAUUUUAGGCCACGCACAAACUCUGGCAAAGCAGCAGAGAAGUGAGGUGUCAUUCGUCAUCCACAACCUCCCAGUACUCGCCAAGAUGGCCGCUGUGUCUAAAGCCUGUGGAAACAUGUUUGGACUCAUGCAUGGCACCUGUCCUGAAACCUCAGGGGGCCUUCUGAUAUGUUUGCCUCGUGAACAAGCUGCACGUUUCUGCGCUGAAAUCAAAUCACCCAAAUAUGGAGAGGGUCAUCAGGCAUGGAUCAUCGGGAUUGUAGAGAAAGGAAACCGUACGGCCCGCAUCAUCGACAAACCCCGGAUCAUAGAAGUAGCUCCACAGGCUGCCACUCAGAAUGUCAACCCCACUCCUGGUGUCACAUCCUAAUUGUGCUUAAACAGACCGGACCCUGCACAGCUCCGCUCAGUGAUUUUAGAGACAUAAACCUUCAAACCAUCAUCACACAUGCCUAGGCAAAAUGACUGGGUUGGUCUAAAUCAAGAGAAAACUGCUCCACACAGUGGCUGAAGUGGAACACUGCACUCAGUGGACUCGACCUACCUGUAGGUUUUAGGAGCUAGAGCGAUAUUAAUUUGCCUUUCAUGUCCUGUAUUCUUUUAUGUUAAAGAGUGUCAAAUGACACGGAUGCAGAUGAAGAGUGGGCUAAAAUGUGCCUGGCCUGGUGUGUGGUUGCCUAUGGGCUUUUUGAACGGCUUUGAUCAAAAAGUGGGCAGUGCGUUUCUGUUGGUCCAUUCUCUUUGUACAGUUAGCUUAGUUUUAGUUUUGCUGUAUCUGAUGCCUUGAAAAGAAACCAUUGGAAAAGAUCAGUUGUUUUUUAUUACUUUGACUUUUUGUAUUGUCCCCAGCUCAACUAAUAAAUACCCCAAAAGAGUGUGUUCUUUC